CAUAUGAUGGCUGGCGUAAGUAAGCAAAACAGAUUUAGCGAUAUGCAUCGGUUUGGAGGCGGUGGGGGCCUAUUGUAAAACGCAGAUCUAGAAAUUCACUCGAAACUCUUCGUUUGGAGCGAAAGAGGCCAAAGAGAUCUGGCUGUUCAGUUCCAAUAGUGAUACAAAUCUGUUUGCUUGUGAUCUCUCGGUACCGGCCACCCUCGCCCUGUACAUCCAGAACAGUGUUCCAGUCUUUAUACACAUUUUUCAAAGCUUUGCGAGCAGGCAACGGAAACCACAACACGAAAAAAGAGAGCCUCAAAAACGGGUCGUAGUCCAUCAGACCGCUCAAACCACGGCCGAGACCACAUCCGAGCAGCUAAUCUCACGUACCAGCAUGUUCCCACUCUCACGCCGGCCACCACAGCGGCCCAUCCUGCUCCUCACCAUACUCUCCCUCCUCUCCCUCGUGCACCCGACCCUCUCCCAAUCCACCAUCUCUCUGACAACCCAGCCAGGCCUCACGACCCCGCUCGACGCGCAAUACGUCGGCUUUUCAAUCGAAUGGACGCAUAUCGACGACGCCAUCGGGCUGGGCUACGGUGCCAGUCAGGGCGAUGAUCCGAGGACGAGUGUUAUUGUGACGGGGCUUAUGGAUCAGUUGGCGCAGAGUGUGGGCGGGUGGCCGCCGCAUGUGAGGGUGGGGGGGAAUAGCGCGACGAGAUUAUGGUGGCAGGGCAGCACAUUACCGCGCAACCCAUGGAGUCUAUGGGCAGUCAAUGCGAUGGAGCUGCAGAUCUUGGAAAAGUUUUCGGAAACGACGGGAUGCAAAUUAACCCUCACGAUCCCGAUGCUGAACCCGGACCCAGCUUACGCCGUCGAGUUCCUCGUCAACGGCAUCACCCGCCACAUCUCCCAAUCCAACAUCUUCGCAAUCGAGAUCGGGAACGAGCCAGACCACUACGCGAAAAACGUCCGCCGCCCCGCCUCGUACGCCUUCCCCGACUUCCUCGCCGAAUACACAUCCACACACGCGGCCAUCGUCGCGGCCCUCGGCACCGCGUUUCAUUUCGACUACCAGGGCCCGGCGUACGCGUAUCAGUGGACGGAGCAGUUCUUGGCGCCGUUUAUGGAUGCGCAAAGGAGUACGACGCGGUUUAUUUCGUUCCACAAAUACGGCAUGCGCGGCUGCUCCACUCUCACCAACCCCGACGCCGUGACGCCCGAGAUCAUGAUGGAGGACCCGUCGCCGGACGAGUACGAGUGGUUCACUCCGCUCGGGAAGAUCGCUAUCGCCAACAACCAGACGCUGGUUUGGGGCGAGGGCGGCAGCUCGUCGUGUAACGGCACGCAGGGCUCGUCGGAUGCGUACGUGAGCGCGCUGUGGACGGUGGAUAUGUUGUUCGAGAUGGCCUUCCGGGAAAGCAAACACGCCUCCAUCUCCGGCGCCGGCCAGACCUGGUACGCCCCGUACGGCAUCGACGACACGGUGUCCCGGAUCACCGUUCGGCCAACGUAUUACGGCAUGCUCUUCGUCAACCGCGUGCUCCGCGGGCCGGGCUCCCAAGUAUUUCGCGCGCCGCUGGACGGCGGGUGGGCGAUGUUGGGCAACGCGACCAAGACGUGGGGGGUGGCCAAUUCCGUGACGGGGGAAGUGAGCGUUGUGAUUGUGAGGAAGGAUGCGGGACAGGUUGGGGGGGUGACGUACAGUGUGGGUGUGCCGGCCAGCGUCGGGGGGAAUACGACAGGAUGUGGGGGGAGUACGCAGAACGUGAAGGGGUUCGUGAGCAGGUUGGAGUGUCCCGGGUGUGGCGGGGCCGGUGGGAACGCGGCGAUGUUACGCGCGACGAUCGGGUUGCGGGUAAAUGGACAGUCGUGGGAUGGGACGCUGGACGGGACGCCUAGUGGGAAUUACACGGAGGAGGUGGUGGAGGUUGUGAAUGGGGCGGUGAGCGUGGUUGUGCAGCCGUUGACGGCCGUUGUGGUGCGGUUGGGGUGUACGGCGGGAUUGGUGGCGAGGCAGUACACGCCGCCGACGGUUGUGUUCAAUGGGACGUUUGGGGAUACCGGGAACGGCACGGCGGGGAAUGUGCCACCGACGUGGGGAGAUGCGCCGGGCGGCCCGACUUCUGCGGACGGGUCACAGCAGCAGCUGGUGAAGCCGUGGUACACGCACACGGGCACGAUUAUCACGAUGGCGGUUGCGGGCGCGGUGGCGUGCGUCGGGGCCGGGCUGCUGGCGUUCACGAUCAUGCGGAACCGGCGUCGACGCAGGUGUGGCAGUCUGCCCCCGGCCAAACUGCGCGCGGCGAGGGCGUGGGCGAGUUUGAGUAUGAGUAAUGGGAUCGCGGCGAAGGGGGCUCAGCAGCAGCAGCCGGAUGCGCAUGAGUUGACGAUGAUGGGGGUUGAGGAUGAGGACGGUGUGGAAGACCAGGACGGGUUCUUGGCGCGAUCGCAUCCGCAUCCGUUUGCGUCGAGGAACCCGUAUUUGUAUCGGCAGGGCGGGGAGAUGGUGUGAUGCAUCGACAGUGCCGCUAUACGGCUUUUCUAUGGGCUCGCACACCUCAAACACCAUAGCUGCUCAGAACGACGACGACUCUCUUUCACCAUUCUCACAAGCCGUUCGGUGGGUCAAUCGCUUCUCCUCCCGAGAUAUAUCCCAGCUCGAUAAAGACCGUUUCCAAGUUUCCCCAUCCCGUAUCGAACGUGUCACAUAUAGGAGCGUUU